UAUCACACCAAUCUACAUUACUAAUAUAUAAGACUCAAAUCUAUUGAUUUUAAGCUAAAAAUCAAUUUGUACCACAUAAAUAACAUUAAAUUAAAAAAGUAUUGUUGACAAAUAAAAACUGUAGAGGGUAAAGCAGGCAUGAAACAAAAUCUUAGAUGAGAACUCUAAGCUAUUAAUUGACCUCAUUAUCACAAUUUGAUAUGUUUUUUAACAUGAAAAAAAUAGUCAAAAGAUGUGUGGGUUUUUCCUAAAAUAUUCUAAUGCAAUUGGGUUGAAAUCUACUUUUCUAUAGUUUUCAUCAUAUAUAAUCAUGAAUUUAUAUAACUAUAGUGACACAAACUUAAACAUGCAUUACAGCACAGAAAAUUAGAAAAGAAAAAAUUGAGGGGAACACGGGCACGAAGUUGUAUAUUUAACAAAUAACCAUCAACAAAAUCAUUGAGGGUUAGCUUUCCUAAUACCUGUAAAAACUAUGGUAAUUAAUUUGAAAUUUCCAGAUAAGAUGAGUAAAUACUAAUUAAUAACUUAAUUAAGCCUCUGACUCUGAUCAGUUUCUGAAAGAUAGGUGGAACGAUUCUCCUGAAAGGUCAAACACAUAAUUUCACCAUAUCAUGUAAAACGUAACCUGUAUUGUGUAUUCUAUCCAGGGCAAGUGGUCCAUAUUGACUAGAUUUGGAGGGUAAUAGCCAGCUGAUUAACCUGCAGAUGAGUGAGAUAAUGACGCUAAAAUUAUUAAACCUAUUGAACCUGACAAAGUCAGUGGAAUAGAAGCUCUGGGAAUGGAAUAGAAACGGGAAUUUCGGAUUCUGAGAAACUAAUAUAAUAUCACUAAUUAUAAUGAUGGGAUCCUAAUAAGUCCUCUCAUAGGAAUUCAAGUUCUAAAAUAUUGAUACUGUUUGAGCUUUGUCUUGGAGGUUGGCUCAGGUCCACGUUUCCAAACACCAUUUCAAACACCUCAACUUUAAAAACUAGUACUUGCUUGGAAAUUUUCCUUGUCUUGAUUUGUAGUGGAGAGACCAAAACUUAAUUAUUACUAAUAAACAAUCUUUUAUAGAUUAAACUUAAUUAAGUUGGUCAGACUAGUGUGUUUUUUCAAGCUCAAAUCUCUGGUUCUAAUAGUUGAGGUGAAGAUCAGGGCUAGUCAAGUUCUCUAUAGUAGUGUGCUCAUCCCUGUAUAGAAUUUCGAAUGCUCAUUUCCGUAGUUUAGAUGAAUUAUGAAUAAAACGCUUGUAUUAAAAAACAUAUAUAUUUAAGAAAUAUUAAUUAAUAAAAAAGGAUUCAUAAUCCCUAUAAGCUGGUGCUGAUAGUGGUGGGUUUCCUUGAGAUUCCAAUACUUGGAUUAAUAAACAAAACCCUAAAUUGGGUUCAUUAAGGUCCAAGUUAGAAAUAAGGGUCUUCUUAUGGAAAUCUAUUUUCUUGACUUCAGCUUUAAUUUUUUUCUUGGUAGGUGUAAUUUUAAUUUGAUUUUGAUUUCAAUAUUUAAGAGCUCCCUUCUAAUUAAUUUCUAUCUGUACUACUGUCUGAGAGUGUGAAGUAGCCAACGUGAUCUUCGCAAAACACACAGACUCAUAUAUAUUAAGUCACCAGAAAAGGCGGCUGAUCCUUCGGAGGCAGAACCCUCCUCAGGAAGCAUAUAUUUUCCCUACAAAUUAACUCCAAACCCUCACCGCCAUCUUAAACUCGUUGCUUUCACUCCACCUCUUCACUUCUUCUUCUUCGUUCUCGUUCUGUGUGUUCAUCUUUUCUAGCUACAGCUAGGGUUUGCGUCUUACUGCAGUUUCGGGCAUAUUCAGGUGUUAUAUAUGCACACAGUAGCACUGUAAUUAACAUUAACACUAAUUUCUUCAGUUUCUCACUGUUGGGUAACUUUAAAUAGUUAGUGAGAAGCAGCAUAUACCUACCAGUACUUUAGUUCUUUGUAGAAAAAAAUGGAUGAGAGAAGUGAUAAUAUUGAAGGAGAAAAAAUGGAUGAAGUGAUGCUGCCAGGGUUUCGUUUUCAUCCAACUGAUGAGGAGCUGGUAGGGUUUUAUCUCAAGAGGAAGGUUCAGCAGAGGCCCCUCUCUAUUGAGCUCAUCAAGCAACUCGACAUCUAUAAAUUUGACCCCUGGGAUCUUCCGAAGUUGGCAGCUUCUGGGGAGAAAGAGUGGUAUUUCUACUGUCCAAGGGACAGAAAAUACAGAAACAGCACAAGGCCUAACAGGGUUACCGGAGCCGGGUUCUGGAAAGCAACAGGAACCGACCGUCCCAUCUAUUCAUCCGAAGAUGCAUGUAGUUCCUCCAAGUGUAUUGGGUUGAAGAAGUCUCUUGUUUUCUACAAAGGUAGAGCUGCCAAAGGGGUCAAAACCGACUGGAUGAUGCAUGAGUUUCGUUUACCUUCUCUCACGGAUUCACUCCCACCAAAGAGAUCAUCAUCGUUCAUGGACAAAACUAUUCCUGCAAAUGAUUCAUGGGCAAUAUGCAGGAUAUUUAAGAAAACAAAUUCAAGUAAUGCUCACCAAAGAGCCCUUUCUAAUCACUCUUGGGUGUCUGCCUUGCCUGAAACAAACACUUUUGGUGAUCAUAUGUUAGGCUCCAAAGGUGCACACAAUACAACUCAUCAACAUCAUGAGUUUAGUUCAGAGAGCCUGACAUCAAAAACCAACUUCUCUGGCAACAACAAUGACAUACAAAUCUCAUCCACAACAAGCAAUAUAUCCCCUCUAGAUAUUUAUCCCAACUCCUACAAACCCGUAAACCCCCUGAUGAUGGGUUGCAAUGUCAAACUACCCUAUCAGUACUUUCCCAUUUCCUCCAAUUUUCCCAGUGGAUCAUCAGAUUACUUUUCUAACCCUAGCUUCACAUUUCCAUCACCUCUAGAAACUUCAUCCGGACCAGCAGCUGAAAAAUGCACGGUGGAUGUGUCCUCCUUCUUGUUAAACAUGUCAUCCUCGAUGGUUGGAGAUUACAAUGGCAGCAACAACGUCAAGGGCUCCUCUGCAGAGAGUACUAAUUUUGACUUUAGUACUAACGGAGGCUUUUCGUCGACGGCAUUGCCACAUCAUCAUGAGAUCAUGCAAGGAAGUAAUAAUAACCUUGGCAAUGUUUAUGACAAUAUAGCUGGGUUGAUUAAAAACAUUCAAAAUGUGAACUCGAACGUGACAGAAGAAAGAGACGAUCAUCAGUGGGAGACAAGUGCGAGAUCAAAUAUUGGGUUUCCAUUGAUGAGUAGUUUGCCUUUGCCUAUGGAUGUAGGAGGAGGGGAUGCAUGGAAGUCGAGUUUGACGUGGGAGUCUUCGCCAUGUCCGACUGAAAUGUCCACAACCAGAUGCUAUACUUAAACUUGUCACAUAAUUAGAAACAUUGCAUAAUUACUAAUGUUUCUUAGCUUAUUAGGUUGUGUCAGCUAUAGGCUAUAGCUCAUUAUUUAAUUAAGUUUCGUGUUUGUAGAAUUCUUUUUGCUAAUUAAGCCCCAAAGGGUAUGAUUAAGGAAAUAGAAGGCUGAUCAGGUUUGACA